AUGUCCACCCCCUUUGCGACACCCGGAAUGUCUGGUAUCAGAGAAUCACGUCACGAAUCCUCAUCUCGUAGUAUCUUGCGCAAGCUCGGCAGAGCCCCCAUCUACAAUCCGUACGACAAAUUCACGCAGCCGGAGUUCGACGCGUGGAUUGGUGACAUUACUAGCGCGUUACGGAGUGCUCUCGGGAAAGAGGAACCUCAGAGUGGCCCCACGAAACAGCGCGAACACGCUGAUCGCGAGUCGUCGUCCCAGGACGAGCGAGAAUACGUUGUGGAAGAUUCCUUUGCGGAGCUCAGAGCGCGUCGCGAAGCUAAAGGCAAGGAGAGGGCUCAGGAUGUUGGGAGCGAGGAAGAACCAAUCGUUUUGUCGGACUCGGAAGAGGAGCAGGGUAAUGCUGACCAGUUGGACGAAAAUUGGGGGCCCGUCUUCAAUGCAGAGGGUUACCAGGCAGAGUAUGACGAAGGGGAGGAACCGGAUUCCGACGCCGAGAACGAACAUCGGAGCAUAUCUGCAGAAAUUAUUGAGCUGUCGUCCGACGAGGAGGAAAUCGCGAAAGACGCCGGCUCUGAGGAGGAAGAUUCGGGGUCCGAAAAGGAAAUGGCGGAAGUCGAGGACGACGUAGGCUCCGAGGAGGAAGACGCGGGUUCCGAAGAAGAAGCCGAGCGUGGAGAUUUUGCGGAGGAUGAUGCGGUCGAUGAGCGAGCUUACAGUUCCCUCCUUGGAGUGCAUCAUGAUGAAGAAGUUGAAGACGAGGUCCCCUUGAUUGACGACGAAAGUGAAGAUGAGCAAGUAGGGGAGGAGGAUGAACUGUUCCCACCUGAGGAAAAUUCUCAUCAACCGGCCGACCUGUCUGACCCGUGGGUCGGUCCCAGCACCUAUGCAGAAGACUUCUACUCUGGCGGGGAUGUGCCGUCGAUUGCACUUGAACACGGUGAUCCGCAUAACCUCCCGACGGAGGAGAACAUUGAGUUACUGGAGGAAGAUGUCGGCAGUGAUGGUUCGGAGGAAGAAGGCAGUGAUACGAACUCAGAGGACGAAAGGUCCAAGUCGGUGGAGGUGAUUGAUGUGGAUGAACCAGACGAAUUGGACAAAGAGAUUGAACACAAUGCCCCUCAACACCCUGUUGACUUGCCUGACCCGUGGAGUGGUCCGAGGACAUUUGCGGAAGACUUCUAUUCAGGAGGAGAGCUGCGAGAGAGCAAUCUUCGCGCUCGGCGGCUGUCCCCGUCACACUUGACGCCAAUGCUCAGCCGCAAAGGCAGUCCUGCAGCGGUCGGGGCUCCUCAAGCAUCUCCGUCCACAAUUCAAGAGUCUUACGAAGAUGCCCAUAAACAGCGUCGGACUUCGCCACUCUUUGCAGAUACAGAGGCCUAUCCUGCUUUAGAGGACGUGCAUGACACCGUACCUGAUGCGGUAGGUCCUUUCAACGUCGAUGAAAUGUUCGACGAUCUAUACGCAGACCUCGAAAAGGCCGUUCAGGGACCAGAUACGCACUGGGACGAAUCAGUUGUGUCAGCUGGGACAUCUCUUGGCCAGGGCACCCACGAACAUGAUGCGGUAGUGGAUUGGAACGCGCCAAUCGCACCAGAAAGUGCUGAUACGAAGAGUGCCCUUGACCAUGCUUUCCGGAAACAUGAAGUCCUCGAAGUCGAUGACGAUGAGGCAGACCACACAGCACCGCUUCAGAAGAGCCAAUAUGUGACUAAUGCUACCAACGUCGAACAGCACAAUCGAGAACACCAAGUUCCUACUGAGAAUUUAGUAGAAUUCACUGCUACACCAGCCCAAGAAUCAGAAUCUUUCCCUCGAAUCAUAUCUACAACCCCAGCCGUCGUCCGACCAGAGCCGGUGAAGGAUGAAGAAGAGCCGGUGGAGAUGUCUUUGCAUGACUCAGUAGCCCCCUCAGUUGAUACGUGGAACAUUCCGGCUGGCACUGGCUCUGCAGUGCACCCACCACCAGAUCUCGCUGCAGGUGCGGAUGACCAUGACAAGGUCUCCGCUGCAGAAAUUCAGCCUGCAGAAGGAUCCUUCCCGAAACAAAGCUCUCCUGAGCUUGUCCCUGAGGCGGAAGAAGGAUCCGAGUUCACUUCAGGUUCCAGAUUUGGGAAGGACUCUGUCCCUGGCUAUUCGGAUACUUCAGUUGAACACGCAGCGGCGCCACUCUCAGAGGAGUUUGCAGGUAUUUAUGAGGACGACGAACCGAUCAUCGCCGUUGUGACGGAAGCGGAGUCGGAUGACGACCAGCAUUCUGAGCUUGAAGAAUUCGACGCAGAGACUGUCAUCGUCGUUGACGAAAGUGGUGCGGCUGAGGUGGAGUAUACCGUCGAGGAGCCUAUCACCGAUGGCAGGCGAACUGAGGAACCGGAGGACGUCGAGUUGGGCAGUGUUGACGUCAUUGUAGAGGACGCUCGUGCCUACGAGACCGAAGAAACUCCUCCGCUGCACACUCCCUUACACGAGCAGGAUAUUGCAGCUUCAGUGGACCCUGGGCCUCAAGAAGGCUCUGUUACGGGCCUCACAGGCAAAGAUAAGGUUGUUCCUGAAGUUGUUGCACAAUCAUUAGACUCCGGAGAAAAUUUUGACUUCGCUCAGCUCCAGUAUCCGAUCCAGGAUACUGAUGAGCCUGAUACAUUGGAUGCUUUACAGGCACAGCACGACCGGUCUUCUGAACAGCACCUGGAUUUUGGCGUGCCCAUGCCUAUAUACGCGGACCCAAGCGUACCGGACCCUGCCAGUCCGCGUGCCGACAGCGACGCAUUGUCAGGGAACGGGAGUCAAAGUGGUGGUACCCCUGCGGAAAGAGCACUUUCAAUCGGUCUUCCCGUAGGAUCUGGUCUCACGUCUCGCGGCGAUACUCCAGCCGGCCUCUUCACUCCCUUGAUUGCCGAUGAUUCUCUCCCUGCAUCUCCUCGUACUCGAAACGUCGAACUUCGAGAUCCCGAAAGAGCCUUCGGGCGCGCGACCGCUGGUUUCGAAGUGUCGACGAAGUCUGCUACGCUUCAAGCGGUACGCACUACAUUGUUCGGACCACCAUCUCUAUCUGGUCAACCCAUACCCGCGGAUGUAGGCACGAGCACCAAGGUGAGCGCUCAUGAGCGGCGCAACACUACUGAAGACCACGAUAUUGUGGAAGGGAAUGUCAUCGCCUACGACAGAAUUUCUGCAGUAGAUGCUACUGCAAGUGUAUCUGCUGUUCCCGAAGGUCCUGAUGGCUUUGAUAAGGCCGCCUCUCCUCCCUCGGCUGACGACCAGAAUGUAGAGGAUGUUCCUUCCCUAGCAUCUAUGAUUGAUUCUAAAAACCUCGGAGCUCCUGCUGGUGUGGAAUUGGCGCCUACCCCAGAGGUCCUAAGGCAUUCAAGCCCUCAGGAAGGCACGCACGAUACAGACGCAGAGGGUGAAGUAGAUCCGGACUACGAGGGCAGACAUGAAGACACUCUUCCAGGUCCCUCUUCACCACACGUGAUCCACUACAUCCCAGCGGCCGCCAAAGAUGCAGAUCCAUUUGUACUUGCAAGUAGCAGUAGUCCAAGUGCUCCUGCCAUGAAUGGCGAUAGUUCUGCUGGUGUGGAUGUGAAAUGUCAAGAGGCAUCGCAUGAUUUGACUACCCAAAGACAGUCAUAUACGGACCGUGCCAAUGGUGCCCGCGCAAAGACGACACCUGCAGAAGGUACAGAGUCACCAACUGCACAGUCUAAUGACUUGUCGCAGAAAGAUGAGACUGCAAACGCUUCAUCCACGGCCAAUCCGCGACAAUUGAGGCUUCUGAAGCGGAAACGCAAGUCACCGGUUGAAGCGUCAACACGCACGACUCGUUCAAUGGCGAGGAAUAUUUCCGAUGGCGAGCCACCACCUGCACAGCCCUCAGAGGGUAAGGGAAAGCAGAAGGCGGUGGAAAACGACCACGAGGAUGGCUCAAGUCCCACGUGCGAGAGCGUAUCUGGAGAGUCCAAAACCAACGAUGAUUCGAAAGCACUCGCUGCUUCAAGUCACACGAACUCUCGUGCUUCCUCCAUUGCAUCGACUGUGCCCAGCAAUGACUGGACAAAUCCACCGACCUCACCAGCUACCGUACGGAACGCCAACCCCGCCGGAUUUCAUCAGCAAUACUCCCUACCCUUCAUUCAUGCACAUGGUGUAAUGCGUCACCACCACGGGCGACCGGCCUUGCAUGUACAGCUUCCACUGCCGCCUCAAGCAGUCCAACCUUCAAACUCCAUUUCCCUUUCUAUUUCUCCUGUGGACCAAGGACCGACAACUGAGACAAAUUUCGUUGAACAACUGAGUCCUUCUCAACGAGUUGCGCCCCGACCCGAAACCGGUUCCCCAGUUACGCGUUCCAACUGUCGUUUUCACAAGAUCAGUCUUCCGCGCGAGGAGAAUGGCCCACGUAUAUACUUCGCUGUCCCGGGAUGUUCUUUGGGAGAUCGAGAUCUUAUGGAGCAAGAACACAUUGAAGAUCACGGACCGGCCACACACGAUGCCAAUACUCGGUUAGUAGCAGAUAUCGAAUCUGUAGACUUCAGCCCAUAUCUUCUUGGGAUUCUGCGGCAGCUCGUUGGCGUGGAUCUUCUGCGGGAACAGGAAGUUUUCUACCUGCCACAGCAAGGAGAGCGCUACAAGUUCAAACAUAAGCGCAAAUCCAGAGUUGCGAAAAUGCGACUUUCGCAAGGUGGUCCACUUGAGCAUGCUGUUUCCCAGUCUCCGCGCCUAUCAAUGACUCCUCGUCUCUCUGCCAUGAGGCCACCACCUUCUCGAGCCGGCUCCAUAUCCACCUCAGGAGGUUCAGCUCGUCGUGGUAGCCGCCCCACGACCUCUUCAAUUUCGGAGAGCGGGUUGAGUGACGCGGAUGACGGCGACUUGCCUGCAACCAAGCGCCAGAGAGGGUCUUCUAACAGUGUGGAAGUUGAAGUGGAGACGGCCGACUCUACCGCAAAAGCGUCAAUCGUUGUCAGUCGUCGCCUUGUGCCUCGGCGGGGCAAGAAACUCGGUGCAGACGCUGCUGCUUAUAAACCAGAAGAAGAUCAUCCAGAGAGCUCUGAAGUGGAGGCGGAAAAUCGUCGAACCAAAAGACGGAAAGGUGGAAAGAAGGGUGUGAAGCGCACUCGAGCAGAAGAUCCCCCAGAUGAGCAGGCGACCAUUCAGCCGAAGAAACGGAAGGUCCGGGCAAGCUCGUCUGAGAAGACAGAAGAUCAACGGUAG